GACUAUUACUAGUAAUGGUGCCGUACCGGCACAGCUACCGGUACUAGCUAGCUAUUAAUAAUUUGUAGGCCCUGCAGACAUGCCAUCAUCAUAAAAUUUGUCAAUAGCAUCUUCAGCAUCGGACUGCAAGCAACAAGAAUGACACCAAAGGAAGUAGAAGCAAAGCUGAAGCCAGAACGCUUCAUCAAUGAACAAGUUGACCCCGAAGCGGGUGCCGUGGACUCCUGCAACUUUGGCUCUAACGUUGAUCCUAAUGAUGAUGAAUGUCAAGGAAGAUCCAGCAAUCAUGAAAUCGACCAGGAUGAGCUCAGCAUGACAAGCAAGGAGACCAGUCGAGUUCGCAUGCUUCGUGUGAUGGUGGCAGGCAUGCUGGUAAUGACAGGUCUUGUCACCGCGAUUGCCUAUUACUUCUUGAACGGGGAAGAGUACCAGAACUUUGAGACAGCUUAUUCACAGUUUGCUCGCACUCUUGGUGAUGCCGCUCUAGAAGAGCAGAAGAAGAUCAAGGAUGCUCUUGUCACCCUAGCUACUUUUGUUACCACCUAUGCCGAGACAAACAAUCUGGAGUGGCCAUUUGUCCUUGUGCCCAUGUUUGAAGCUUCGGCCAGGAACAUCUUUGAAUUGUGCAGCACUGAGUACAUUGGCAUCCAAAAUGGUGUUCCAAAUGAGAAGGUUGACAGAUACCUUGAGUUCAUUGGUGCAAACUAUGAGGACCAUGUAAAGGAGUCCCACUUGUUCAAGUAUGGGAAUCUAAAUCUCCUUGACACCAACACUUCUCUCUAUAGGCCAUACUUUGCCAAGAAAGCCAAGGAAGGAACACCCCUCUUCCCGAAGGAUGAUGAUGACCGUGAUGUCUACUGGGUCCGUGGUACCAUGCAAUCUCCUCCUAUGCGUUCCUAUGCCCCCAUGAUCAAUUUGAACAUUGCUACCAUUGGAAACAACCUGGCCCUGUAUGAUUCCCUGGUGAACCUUCGCUAUGAGAGUCUGUACUCAACAGUCAGGCCAUUUACAGCAUUGCCAGCUGAUGAACAUGCCAAGAUCCACACUGGCGAUGCUGGGGUGCUGCAUCCUCACACAUUUGUCCAUCACCCCAUCUUUGAACGAGUCCAUGAUCCAACCUCCAAGAUCGUGUCUAUCAUAACAUUCACAACUGCAUGGGAUGCUUCCAUGAGGAACCUCCUUCCUGAUAAUGUCAAUGGCAUCCUCUGUGUGAUUAAGAACACCUGUGACCAGGUCUUUACUUAUGAAGUGAAUGGAAAUGAUGCCUUCUACCUGGGCGAUGUGGACAUCCAUGAUCCCAAAUACGAUGAUUUGGAAGUCAUGGUUGACCUUUCAUUGCACACCCACCAAGACUUUUCCACUACUCCAGGGCAUUGCAAGUACAGUAUGCACAUCUACCCAACAGACACAUUCAAAAAGGAAUACGCAACACAAAUGCCAGAAACUUUUGCUGUCACGGUGGCUGCGACAUUUGCACUUGUGGCUAUAGUGUUCUUUGUUUAUGACUACCUUGUUCAGCGCAGCAAUAAGGAAUUGACAAAGCAAGCUGCUAGGUCUGAUAGGCUAGUUUCCUCCCUUUUCCCCAGGGGAAUCAAGGAGAUGAUCCUGGAGCAGCAAGAUAUUCCCACGCGCAAACAGAACAAGACAGUCGCAGCAUCUGAGACCACUGAUAGUUCUAUUGCUUCCAGCAAUAACCAACAGUUUUCACCCAUGGCACAGGUCUACAGCAACACCACAAUUCUGUUUGCCGAUCUUGCUGGGUUCACUUCAUGGAGUUCGACCCGUACACCAGCUGAAGUCUUUGAGCUGUUGGAGACCUUGUACAGUGCAUUUGAUGCCAUAGCCAAGCGCCAACAAGUGUACAAAGUUGAAACUAUUGGAGACUGCUACGUUGCUGCAACAGGACUUCCCAAUCCACAGCAGGAUCAUGCUGUCAUCAUGGUCAAGUUUGCUGCAGAGUGCAUGGCCAAAAUGGGCCGCUUGAUGGCUGAGUUGGUUGAGAAGUUGGGUGAGGAUACUGCCAACCUGCAAAUGCGCGUUGGACUGAACAGUGGGCCAGUAACGGGUGGGGUGUUGCGUGGAGAUAAGUCCCGUUUCCAGCUCUUUGGGGACACAAUGAACACAGCAAGCCGGAUGGAAUCCAAUGGGGUGGCUGGUUGUAUUCAUGCUUCUCAGGCUACUGCUGAUGCUCUCACUGCAGCAGGAAGAGAAAGCUGGUUGGCCCCACGUGAAGAAAAGGUGGUGGCCAAGGGCAAGGGAGAGCUUCAAACUUACUUUGUCUCUGUUCCUAUGAAGCCAGAGAGGAGCAGUACAACAGCCUCAAUACCUGACCAAAAGAACUUAGUGCAAUUGCAUGAAGACGAACUAGGGGAGGGCUCUUAUUAAAAUAAAAGAUGGAAUGACUUCAAU